AAACAGAAAUAUCAUAUACGACGAAAGAACUGAAACACCAUAUACAGGUGACAAAGGAACAGAAACACCAAAUUCAAUGCUACCAACAACAAAGAAUCUAAACACCAUAAGUGACGAAGAAUAUAG